AAGGUGCCGACGUUGGAUCCCGAGAGAACAGACCCUCAGUUUGCUGGCCGGGCCGGAAUGGCGUUUUAGUCCCUGCUCCUUCGGAUGGGGGUGGCCUGUCGGCGUAUGUAUAUUUCGCCGCAAGGACUCAGGCCGGCAUCUGGCUUACAGGAGGCGCACGCCAGGUCGAAGCAAACAAAAGAGCGGCGAGACGAGGCAGAUGAAGAAUGUCGUCAGGCCGCCCUCGCUGGACCCGUGGCCGCGGCGCCGCGGCGGCGGCUGAUGGGCGAUGACGGGCGAUGAUGGGGGUGGGCUGCGCAGUUGCGGCUGCGGGAAUGCUGCUGGGUGCGGAACCGAUAGCGAGUGAAGCUGCGAGCUACCAGCGGUUCCAAAUAGCCUUGGAAGCGAUGGACCCCAUGCGAAAUGCUCGGCGAUGGAGCAAACGGACGCGGCAUGCGAGGGAUACACGUUCGUUCGGUCGUUUUUUGCGGGAAUGCGUUUGCGCGACCCUCCUUCGCCGGGCGGCUCAUUGGGCUCGAUGGACUCACCGUCACACUCAAGUCACAAGGUCAAUCUCAUGUCGUGUCGUCCCAGGAUGGAAGCCUCACGGUUCGCCCAUGCGGGAUGCCGCUUUUGGGCCCGUGGCAGAUGCUGGGCCAGCCCCCGAGGCGCUUCCCACCGAUGGGGUGACCAACCACCAACGGCCCACGGCGUGGAUGCGAUGCCGCAUGGGUGCGGCUGCAGCAACCAUCUGUCACUUCUUACAGCUAGUUUCCUCCUUCGUGGUUUGCUCAAGGCCUUUGUUUGCUCACAGUGGCAAACGCCAAUGCGGCCAAGGUGGGAGAAUCUGUGCCACGCCGUCUCGAUGAGACGGAUGAAUAGCAGCUAGCCGCCUUUCAUUCAAGCUCCGGCCCAGGCCUAGAAUAUAGUGGAUAACCACCUGGUCGUUGCAG